UCUGCGGAUGUUGUGACUCUGUGUUACCUUACACUUUUCAUCAAGGCUGUGUGUCUUCCAGAGCUGCCUGUGUGUUUGGUGGCUCGUGUGUCAUCAACAUAGUGUUUAUUUAUGUUAAUUAUUUUCGAGACACCGAUCAGUUAGUUGGGUUGAAUUCUCGGUUUGUCUCGAUAGUAGCUGUGUUUGUGCUCCUUUAGAAGAAACAAGAAGCCUGGCAUCAUUCGUUGAUUUGAUUUAUAUUAGUGUAAGUUGAAAAAUCUGCAACUCGAGUUGAAUCUUUUCCUCAUGUCUUUGCCUUUUACUAACAAAAGUUCUUCAAAGAUUUGUGUUUGAGAAUUAUAUGGGACAGAAUUUGAAAUUAUAAACUUGAAGGAUCACCCACUUUUGAUUCGUACAUCCUCAACCAGUGCAUCAAGUACUCCAAGGUGUCCGCCUACUCAACUUAAGAACCACUGCUAUGUGUCACAAUGUCUACAGUUGUGAACCAAACAACAGCGAACCUACUUUAAAAUUCGUUGUGUAUGCAUAUAGAUCUAAGCGGCCACUUUAUCAUUAACUUUUAACUUUAUAAUUCACAUGUAAUGUCUCUCUAAAUGUAUUCCACGGCUCAUCAGCAUGUCACCAGCGUUCAAGGUCAUGAUAAUACCGUGUCACGCACUUACGUUGGGUUGGGUGCUACUUGCGCUGCUCCAAUGGCUCCCUGUCAAAUCCACGCCUUCGACUUACCGGACACAAAGCUCGUAUCUCUAUCUUCUACGACGUCUGGACUUUCUUCUGUUCGAUUAUUUCACUUCUGACACCAGCGGCUUAAGUGAACACAUUGUAAAAUCACAUCGCGGCCUUCAGCAUCUAGGCCACCCGCAUAAACCUAACAUCCGCGAGACAUCUCGAUUGGAUAGAUUACACGUCGCAACGCAUCAAAACAAUACUCAGCAGCCCCAUCAACAUCUCUCCAAUCCCGAUACCACGAUUUAUGGGGAGCUCAUCAGGACUCUAUUUAAAUUAUUGCCCCGGACGAUUCAGGACGUCAGCGCGCACGGUAGAAAUGCAAAUGAGUCAAGGAAGAUAAGCUUAAUGGAUAUACUGUCUUCGGCUAAGCAAGCAAGCAACGAUUCGGCUUGGACUUUCUUCAUGGGGCAGCUACUUGGAUCUAUGAAUGUAGGUUCCAUUCCGUUCAACUCGACUACAACCCAAUACCAUCCCAUCAACCUCAUUCGACGCUACCACCAUCAUUGGUCAUCAUUGUCGGAAGUUGAAAAAUCACUUCGCCGGGUGACCUUACCAAGGGGCAAAACUCGUGUACAUCUUCCACUAAGAGUCGUCCAGACUGCGAGUACUUCCGAGGUCAUAAGUUCACAAUUGUAUACCAAAUACUUGAUGGAUAAUCUCCGAUAUAGGUUCAGUCAAGUCAACAAGCUUUCUCCUAUAUCAAAUCACAGCCUCGUUAAUCAUGGCGUCCCCAUGCCUCUCAGAAAGACUAUUAAAACUAAAAAUAGACGCCUCUCACACAAACAAGAUUUACGGUCAAAACGGAUACCAGUGUCCGGCCCUGAAACUCUCAGACAUGACUCUAUAAAUGUCAGUCCGUAUCCUCUCCUCUCUGCUCCGUCAGGCGAUACAUCAGCAAGAAAGAGGGCACGGCGGAGUUUACGGUUAAGCAAACAUGAAACCAAGAGGUCACAGGUCAGGAGGCAUGUCAAAGCUAAUAAGAAAUCGGACAACGACGUCCCAGUACCACGUGAUAGGUAUGCGUACUACGAUGAUGAUCUGUAUCGAGACUACUUGGAACCGCAGCGUGUCUCUCUCAGUUUUGUGGUUCAUGUUAGCACAGACAGAGGCUACGAAAAAGAAUUGCAAUCUGCCCUGGCCAAGGCGCUAGGCACCUUAGAGUUCAAACUCUUGCGAACCUACGUCAAGCCCUCGGGAAAUUUUGUCAAGCUCAAAGAUGGCAGUCCAAGGGACAUUCUACAGGCUUUCUGCAACGACAUCCUUGUGUCUAAUACCACGGCCGUGUUUCAUCUGGUCAACCCCUUCUACCACUCCAGGAGCUGGUCCAGUGCACAGUACGUGUCUAAUCUGCUAUCCACUCUUGACAUGCCUGUCAUCAGCUGGGGACCCGAGUAUAUUGGAACCACUGAUAAGAGAGAACCUGACAAUCUCCAGCUGAAUAUAUCGCCCACACUUCACCAUCAAGCCGCCGCCAUGCUGAACGUACUGCGCCACUACAACUGGACAGACUUCAGUCUGGUCUACACCUCGGACACUGGCCACGACGCAUUCAUUACCGCCAUCAGGCUGCUGGUCCAGGACCUGAAUACGCAGAGUGGAAGGAAAGGAUUCAAGUUCAACAUCAUCGACGAACUGCUCAUCAGUAAUACCACGGACGUGUCCGCUAUUCACGCGGACUUGAAGAAGCUGUACAAGUCUGAUGCUCGUAUUAUAUUAUUAUACUGUAUCGAAAUGGACACUAUUAAAAUUCUGGACGCCGCCAAAAGUCUUAGAUUGAUGACAGACGAGUACCUCUGGUUUCUAACAUUUGAAGCAAUCAAUAAAAACAGACUUCUGGUGGCUAAUAAUCUACCUGUAGGAGUUCUCGGAGUGUUCUAUGAAUAUGGAGAGAUGGAAAUGAAGCAAGCUAUUGAGAUAGCGGUCAACGUGUGGCUUAGAGCACUACAACAGUCUGUCCAGACCAGUGUAUUGUCAAGUGGUAUCUUUACGAGACUUCCUUGGGACAUAGCUAAUUUAAAAUGCCAUUCAAAAAAUUCACUACAAUGGAGGGAUGGCCCCAAAUUUUUUGAGUACCUCAAAAAUGUUUCCUUUGACACUGUCCAAUUCAAUGAACACGGUCAACUCAUUUACAGAGACAUUUAUAUAGUAAACGUGCAACCUCCAGUGGCAGAUGAGGAGAAUCAGAAAUGGAUUCAGGUUGGGCUGUAUACACCAGAGGGCGUUCAAAUGCAGCAUAUAACAUGGCCCAAUGGCGCUCGGACGCCACCUUCCGGAAAGCCUAAACGUCACUUCCUGCAAAUAGUUACGCGGGAAGAGCCUCCGUUUGUAGAGUAUCGUGACCUUAGCCAGAAUGGGUCUUGUGGUCAUUCUUCGUAUCUGUGCUACGUGUAUGAAAGGGAUAGCAAUAAAGUUAGAGUGUCAGGAUCCAGCGUACAGAAAUGUUGCACAGGUUUAAGCAUCGAACUUUUGCACAGACUGUCUGUGGCCUUGAACUUUGACUUUUGCCUGUACGAGGUGGAGGACUUUCAGUGGGGAACUAAAAACCCGGAUGGCACGUGGAACGGAAUUGUUGGAGAUCUGAUCAACGGUAAAGCCGACAUGGCUGUGUCCUCCAUGACCAUUGACGAGGACAGGAGCACGGUCAUCAACUUCUCGCUGCCCUACAUGGAGACAGGCAUCACAUUCAUAGUCGCUAUUAGAGAGGGGGCCAUCUCCGCCACUGCCUUCCUAGAGCCAUAUGAUCUGCCAUCUUGGUGCCUCAUUUUGGUGUGCAGUGUGCACGUGACUGGCACGUCCAUCUUUCUUUUUGAAUGGUGCAGCCCAUAUGGUUUGGAUCAUGGCCGUAAGUUAUCUUCAAAACAAAAAUUUUCGUUGUUCCGGACGUUUUGGUUGAUGUGGGCCAUGCUGUUCGGAGCGGCGGUCACCACAGAUUCGCCCAGGGGCGUGUCCAGCAAAUUUAUGUCCAACAUUUGGGCGCUGUUCGCCUUGGUGUUCAGCGCCUCGUACACGGCCAACCUGGCGGCCUUCAUGAUCACCAAGGAAGAGUACUACGACCUGAGCGGCAUGCAAGACUGGAGGCUUCAGAAGCCUCAGUCUAUGAGCCCACCCUUUCGUUUCGCCACCAUCGUGAACGCCAGCACUGAGAACAACAUCAAGAAACACAACAUGACGAUGUACCAGUACAUGAAACAGUUCACGCAGACAUCAGUGGAGGACGCCAUGGAGGCACUCAAAGCCAACAAACUGCACGCUUUCAUCUAUGACGCCAGUGUCCUUAAAUACCAAGAAGGGAAGGAUAAGGACUGUCGUCUGAUCACAGUGGGCAACUGGUUCGCCACCACUGGAUACGGUGUCGGGUUCCCAGUGGGCAGCCCGUGGCUGGAGAGAGUCAACUCGGUUAUUUUAAAUCUCCAGUACGAAGGUGAAAUGGAGCGGUUAAAAGACUUCUGGCUGACAGGGGCGUGUCACAUGAAAAGGAAGAAAGCCAACAACAGCCGAGGUAUCGGGAAUGGCGUGUCCAGCUCCACACUGGGCAUUCUCAACUUCACUUCGGCCUUCAUCCUGUUAGCGGCUGGGACUGGACUGGCCGUGUUGACAUUGGUUCUGGAACAUUUCUACUUCUGUUUCGCGAGGAAAAAACUUCGAUCUUGGGAUAAAAAAGGUUGUUGUGCUCUUGUUAGUUUGAGUAUGGGCAUGUCAUUGAGGUUCCAGACCUCAGACUUCACCCCUAAGCAAUCCAAAGAGAAAUGCAAGAGUCCGUUGUGUGAGAGCAAACUUUGGAAAGCUCAGUACGAACUGAAACAAGCGAGACACGAGAUACAGAAACUACAGUCAGAACUGGCGCGCCUGACUCUGGAAGGCAACAACCACAACUGGUACUAUGAAUCCAUCUGCUCAGCAGACGUGGAUCGAUCUCACAGUCCUGUCGCGCGGCACAAGCAGAGCAGAAGAGAAUCACGCGAGAAUUCGUCAUGCAGGAAGGACCGAAGGCGAUUGGACGAGGAGGCAGUUAGAGUAACCCUUUUGUGAUUGGCGCCUUAUUUCAAAAUGUUUUGAUUCCAGUUAGCGUGAAUAUUUAAGGUAUUAGUGAAGGGGGGAUGACACUAACUACAGCACAUCUGGUCUUGUGACAACUGCACUACAUUCCUUAUUACAAUUGGUAAAAAAAGAUCAAAUCCUUAUCGAAGCUUUUAUUUGCAGCCUAAUAGAAUUUUAAGAAGUAGAGGCUGUUAUUUUAUAUUUUUAUCGUUUUAAACAUUUCAUCAUUAUUGUUAACAACUGAUAGCUCAAGCUGAUAUUACUUAGAUUGUAUUUUUUUUUUUCCAUCUUUCAUUAUUAUAAAGUAUCGUGGUAUUAGAUCUAGUAAAUAUUGAGACUUUAACCUCUGUCACUUAAAACAGUCAUAGCUAAUUCAGAAGAUUUGUCUGAUAUGUGACGUGAGACUUGUUGUCAGAAGCCGGUUUUUUGAUGGAUUGGUAUAUCUGAGGCUUGUAUGUUAGAGUUUGAGUGUUAGAGUGUGACGUAUGCUGACAAGUCAAAACUCAGAAGGAUGAUCACCAAAGUUAUGUCCCAAAAUGGCGUGAAUUGUUAUUGAAAUCAAAGUGCCAACAGAUUUUUGUAACUUGGGCUUCCAUUCGAGGUGAAUUUUUCUGUAUCCUAGCUAUUUUUAGCAAAUAAACCUACACAUGGAAAUCCUUCCUACAGACUCUUAUACUAGUAAACCAUCGCAAGAUUAAUUCUUCUUACAGAUAAAACUUUUAACAGAUUUAACUUUUAACAGAUGACCCCCCCCCCUGCCAAAGAGAAAUCCACUCCUAAAUGGGUCAACGAGUGGAAUACAGACAAGCAAAAUGUAAAAAAUGCUUUAAAAACAACACCAACAACAUUAUCUCAGGAACAGAACUCCACACUUACAACUUUUUUCUGUGAAUAAUGUUUCCCAUAUUCGAUAUUAAACUAAAAUAUUAAUUACCAAUAAUUAAUUGAUCAAUAGGUUAAUUUUUUAAUUGAUUCAUGGUUUGCUAGAUACAAUUAACAAUUGUUUAAAGUUUCAACUUGAUCCUUACAUAGGGGUAGGAGAAAUAAGGUGUUCAAUUCUAUAAGAGAAAGAAACCAUACAUAUUUAGUCAUAUAUGUGAUUACUGAAGGCUUAAUUUCCCUUCUUAAUAUAAAAAAAAUAAUUUAUUGCCAGUAUUUAAUUGACUAAUUAGUUAUUUUCUAGAUUGAUACAUGUCUUGUCUAUACCAAUAAAUAAUUGUGCAAAUUUCAACUUGAUCCGAAAAAAAUUGUGGGAGAAAUAAUGUGAACCAGUCAGACAAUUUAAUAUUAAUUUAAUAAAAUACUCUGAAAGACACAAAGAUAAAGGCAAAUUCCUCAUCCCAUAUGCUAGGACAAAUUUGUACAAAUACUCCUUCUUCCCUAGUGCUAUUAGAGCAUGGAGUGGGUUGCCUGAGCUAGCCAGGAAAACCAGUGACUUGGCAGAAUUUAAGUCAUUGGUUAAUAUGCAUGACUGAAUGCAUGGCACUUAGGACGUAAUCAUCUUCUUUUUGAAGUAACGUCUAUAUUAUAUAAGAUAAGAUAAGAGUGAGUUGAUAUAAGCUGUGUCAAAAAGAAGCGUAGAACAUGUUGAAAAUAUAAGAGAAAAAAUAAAAACUUACGAGUUACGAAACAAUUAUUAUCUAUGAAUUUAGUGUAAUUGUGCUGACCACACGAUACCUCCUCAAACACAAGAUCUUCCCACUGUUUAACUAGGAACUUUUUUUUUUGGUGUUUAGUAGUGCACCUAGGAUGACUUGAAGUUGUUGCUGAAUUAUCACAAUCGGUGAAUUAUCAUGAUAGAUGAAUUAUCACAAUCGGUGAAUUAUCAUGAUAGAUGAAUUAUCACGAUCGGUGAAUUAUCAUGAUAGAUGAAUUAUCAUGGUAGGUAAAUUAUCACAAUAGCAGCUUGUCGUGAUAGGCGGCUUGUCAUGAUGGACUUGAUAUAUUUUGGUUAGAGAAUCAAGUUGGAUGAACUACUAAGUAUGUUCAUGAAUCAGAGAGAGAGAAAAAAAAAAGCUUUUUCCAUGAGCUUGAAUGAGAACUGACUUCAUGAUUGUUUCAAUAGCAGAGCAUUGAUAGUACAAGGAUGUACACAACUAUUGUGUGUACCUACUGGCCUAUUGUAUACAUGUGUCUGGCUGUUUUAUAGAAAAGUGAACAAUUCAUCAAAUAAA